AAAAUGGCUGAAACGAAAAUGUGAGUGUGUGAGUGUGAGUGCACAAAACUGUGAGAAAAAUUUGCGUUUGCAGCCUAUUUGAAAUAGAAGCGUUUCGGCAAUAAAGGCGCCGCUAAUCGUUAUCUGACCAUUGUCCAGUGUCCGCUUUUGAGUGUCCACUGUGUACAUGGAACAGGGGACGACGCAUCCGUACCGGAGCCAUCGAAAUUUGCGAUAAAUGCUACUUUUUCGAUCCGCACACUCGGCACUCCACUACAGUUCAAUUACUGACAAGAAAAAGCUAUAGGAAAAUAAGUCUGGCGAGUAGGGAAAUGCAGCUGGAGCUGAAAAGCUUCAAGGCCUGGAUUACUAGAUGAAAAUUAAGCCAAGAGCACUCCCUAUAUGUAAUAUAUAUGUAAUACACACGCGCCUGCCCCGCCGACAGUGUACAUACAUCAAUAUAUCGGCUUGAUAUACCGCACACAUACGCAGUUGCAUCAGCAUGCCCGACCGUGAUUCUGAUUCGGAAUCCAAAUCGGAACCCGAAUCCAUGAAUCAGCAGCGGCAGCAGCCGCCUCAGCGGCCCAAACGGAACCGUCGCAUCAUAAUGCGAAUUGAAUUAAACGACUCGGAUGAGACGGGCUCCGACCAGGACCUGGACCAGCGGCCAUCCUGUUCAUCGGCUACCCGGCUGCGGCGUAGUGUCCGCCACCAGGAAGUACCCUCUAACUCGGAGUCCGACGUUAGUACAAGGAAGUCUUCACGCAAGUUGCGCCAUCAUUACGGACCGCAAAGCGACUGUUCAUCCAGCGGCAGUGAGAUUCAUCAGCAGCGCUCUACUAAACGGAAAAAGGCAUUAUCUAGUGGCGAAGAGACGGAUCCGGAGCCGGAAAAAUCUUCCGUAGCCAGUGCGGCUGGAAGACUUCAACCAUCUACGGAGGAGGCAGAUCCGGGCUUUAGCUCUGAUAGCAGUAGCAACGAGCUGCUGGAGAAGUGUCCCAUCUGCCUUUUUACCUUCAGACAGCAAGAGAUUGGAACUCCGGCCACCUGCGAACAUGUCUUCUGUGCUGCGUGCAUUGAGGCUUGGUCGCGAAAUGUUCAAACUUGUCCCAUAGAUCGUAUUGCCUUCGACAGGAUCAUUGUGCGCGAUACGUUCGCAACCCGCAAUAUUGUGAGGGAGGUGCGAGUGGACCUGAGCAAAACUAAAACCGAGCUGGUGAUAGGUGAUGAAGAGGAGGCUCCAGUGGAAGAGGAAGUCACCAACUGUGAAAUCUGCGAGCGACCAGAUCGGGAGGAUGUGAUGUUGCUGUGUGAUAGCUGCAACCAGGGAUAUCACAUGGAUUGCCUGGACCCGCCACUCCACGAGAUUCCAGCCGGUUCUUGGUAUUGUGACAAUUGCAUUGAUUCGGAGGAUGAGGACCCUGAUGAGCAGCUAGACCUAGCCGACGAUUUAAGUCAACUUUACGAGGACAUCAGAGACAUGGGCCUUCCAGAGACGAGGCUUCGUGUGCGAGAAGUCCAACAGCCGCGAAUCCUUCGAACCCGUCAAAAUGAACGAAUACGGGCGGAGGUUCUGCGUCGCACUCGUUCUGCGGCCGUCACCACAAAUAAUUCUGAGGGCAGCCGCACACGAACCCGCACUACAACCACCACUACAACCACUACCACCACCACUCGGCGAACCACUACCAGUUCAAGUACAAGAAGACCGACCCAACGUCGUAGGCGGCGGAGGACUCGGCACCGUGUCUAUGUGGUGGAGUAUGACCUUAACAAUUUCGAUGAGAAGUUCGCACUCAAAACCAGCAAAAAGGUCAUUAGGCGCCGUCGACGUCGUCGUCGUCGAGUUGUGCCUGCAGCGUCUGAGCCAGGACGACGUCUGACUGCUAGCAUGCGACUUGCAGAGCAGUUGGGCGUUAAGGUAGAUGGCGUACAGCGUUCACAUAUUUCCGGUGGCACUGCCGGCAGCUUCUCCUUGUUUGGGAGUGCCAAUGACCUGGAAUACUUCUCCGACAAUGAACAGGGCUGCGAUGAAGAUCUGGCUUCCGCUGGACUGGGAUCCACGGCCGUUCAAACCUCAGUUCGUAUAGCCAGCAUUGGCGCCCCACGCAUUCGGAAGGCUUUGCUUCAGAGCAAGGCCCGCACGGCAGCCACAACCUCAUCGUCCAGUACAGCUGCAGCUGGCGACAUACUUUCCAGUAUUUUGGAGCUGCAGGACCGUUGGCAUGACGCCUCUCGCAACCUGAGCGAGGUGCACAUCAGGGCCGACGGCAGUCUUAAUCUUCCCGCCACUAAAAAGGCCGCCGCUUCUAGGCCGGAACAAAAUGUCACCCAGGCACCGCUUUACCAGCGAGGAGGAGCUGCGCCGAACUUCGGUCGCGGCGGAGGAGGUGCCGGCGGCGGCGAUAACUACAACAACCGGUACAGUGGAAACAACAGCUAUAACCGAGGUGGCGGCGGAGCAGAACAAUCAUCCAACAGUGGCGUUGGAGUGGCUUCCUCUAGUGGAGGGGAUGGAGGUCAAUUGGGUGGUGGUUUCAGCAAUCAGGGACUCAAUAGUCCCAUCCAACCCAACAGCGGCAACAACACCCCCACAUUUACACCUUUCCACCUGCGAUUCAAUAGCCCCAACCGCCAACAACAACAACAGCAGCGGCCUCCGGGCCCUUCACCCGUAACACAGUCUGCACCACCGUUCCGACCGAUGGGUGGGCCACCGCCUUCGAGGGGCACGCCGCCGAGAAACUUUCCUGGACAGCCGCCGAUGUUCCCGCCUCCUCCGGUAAACCAUCACCCGCCGCCAGUGAUGGGACUGCCUGCGGUGCUAUCAAUACCUCCUCCACCAACACCGCCUGCCAGCCUGGCCUGGAACAGUCCGCUCUUCAAGAUUAAUACUCUGCAGCAGCCGCCGAUCGCCGAUAGAUCGGCAAAACCUGGUGACGAUGCCGACAACUGUCCGAACUUCUCCAUUUACUCGCAGGAGUCUCAGGCUGUGGCCAAUGCUAGUGCGACGACAACGGGACCUGUGUAUGGACCUGUCGAGGAUCCGGAUAAGGAUGAUGAGGAUUUAGAAGAAGAUUUAGUACAAUUAGACGAUGAUGAUGACGAUAACAAUGAGAUACCCCUGCCCCCUGGACCCGAGCCGGAACCAGCUCAGGAAACAGCCAAUGAUGAUCUGUACGAGCCAGAGAAUCCAACCGACGAGCCAGAUGAAGCAACUGAAAACAUGGAGAUAUCUGAGCCUUCCGAUCAGGAGGACAACAAAGCCGAAGAGGAAUCCGGGGAGACACCAAAGCGUAGCACUCCUAGUCCAACUAAAGAGGAUCGGGCUUCUGAGAGGGAUAGGGGCAAGGGUGUGCUGGAGCUGUACGAUGACAGUGAUUGGGAAGAAUUGGACAUCGAUAAGCCAAAGGAGUUUGAAAAGGCCUUGGAGCAAACGGAAGCAGAUGAUGCGGAAACGACUCCCAAGGAGAUAGAAUCCAACACGCCUCCACUGGUGAAGGACAAGAGUGAUUUGGACAAAGAGGACAGUGACCACGGACAGGAUCGUUCCUACACGCCGUGUUUGGAUGAAAAAACACUGGCCGAGGAGGACGAACCAGACUCUGCCCCUGCAGCCGCUCGGAGAGAUGGUAGCGACAGCCCAAAGUCACGUUCCUCCAAAGUCUCGGACGAUGAGCGAGCAGUCGGUCCUGACCCAGCAUCCGAUGACGAGGAUUCGAGCAAUAAGAACUCCAAGCGCCGCAGCCGAAGUCGCCGGCGCAGUCGUAGCCGGAGUCGGAGCGGUAGUCAUGUCCCAGUCAAGCCCAAGUCCAAAUCUCGUUCCAAGCGCGAGGAUGAUGAAACAUUCAAGAAGGUUGGCAAACGACAAAAAGAUCGCAACUACCGCGGAGAUAAGCCACGGUCGGGUUCGAGAAGCCGGUCCUUUAGCCAAAAGCGCAGCAAAAGCCGGAGUGUGAGUCGGAAUAGUCGCAGGAGUAGGUCUCGGACACGGAGCCGGAGUCCAAGCAAGAGCCGGUCUAGGAGCAGAAGCAGCAGUCGCUCGCCAAGCCGCAAUCGUAAUAGACGCAGGCGGGACAGUCGCUCCAAGUCGUAUUCUCGGUCCCGGUCAAGGUCCCGCUCCCGUUCCUACCACCGGGCGCCGUUCCGUGGCCGAGAAAACCAGCGAGGAUUCAUGCGCGGGCGAGGAGGGCUACGGUUCAACUACCGAAACCAGCCGUUUCACAAUAAUCGCUUUCCGCACUACCAGAACCAGAACCAGCAGCACUACCAUCAGCAGCAGCACCACCACCCCCAGCAAUACUUCCACUACAACCAGCACGGUCAGCAGUUCUACCAGCGGCCAAAGCGAAGAGAACUGCCGCGCUAUGAUGUUCGCAACUUGGUCGGAGCGAAUAGGCAGAAUUACCAAAGGGAUAGGUUCGGGAGGGAGCCGAUGCGAUCUAACAGAAGUCGCUCGGGUGGCAGGCGUGACUCGAGGAGUUUCUCCAGAAGCGUUUCAAGGGGAUCGCGCGGCUCGUUACGCUCCCGUUCGCCGGGAUCACCAAAGCGCUUCCGAAGCUUUAGCAUGUCACCGACACCGCCGCCGGGAACAUCGCCGCCACCCAAGCAUCAGGGCGGCAGACGCUUUGCCAGGUCGCCGUCGCCUUUGCCUCCAUCUCAUCAGGAACGGGAUCGUAGUCCCAUAUCUCUGCACUCAGGAAGAUCGCGCUCCCCCACUCCUAAUCGCGUCAAUGGCGGGGGAGAUCGUUCUCCUGCUUAUAUAGGCUCUCCGCGGUACACUCCUCGACUGAGUCGCAGUCGAUCCCGUUCGAAGAGUCCCAAGGAUGCGCCCAAGAAGAAGAAGAAGAAGUCGGACAAGAAGAAGAAGAGUAAAAAGCGUGCGGUGAGCGGUAGCCCCACGGCGGCAGCCAGGAUGCGCCGCAUUUCGCGGCAACGGGAUCCCUUUGAGGAUGCGGACGACUUUUUGGCGCCGCAACACGGAAAGAAGCGAAAGAAGGGUUCGGGAGGUGUGCUGAGUGGGGGCAUCCAGUGGUCGCCUUCCCUGUCACCCGGUCACCAUCAUAAUUUCUUGCACGACAAGAAUUCGUGGACGCCGCCAUUGGAAUCGCCCAAGGAGCACCAGGAAUACGAUGAUGCUGGCGAAACCACCCCAAAGAAGGCGAAACGGAAGCGGGACAAGAGCAAAAAGAAAAAGAAGCAGCCACUGGAGAAGCAGCGCAAGGAGAAGAAGCGCAAGCGACGCACCCAAACACCAGAGCCACUGCCCUCCAAGGAGGUCUUUGCCUCCGGCAACAAUAUUCUGGUGAGCGUGAGUUUCAACAAGGAUUCCAGUAGCAAUGUCAACUCGGCUCAAGCGUCCCAACAGCCACAGACGGUCGUCACCAUGCCUUCGAGAAGCGAUGAUCUGCUAAGCAAGCGUCUUGGCUCCUAUGAUCACCUGGCCAAUAGCAGCUCUGGCGCUGGAAUGGGUGGCAUUAAGAAGGGGAGAAAGGACAAGAUGCGCAAGCGCAAAAAACUGGAGGCCAAGCCAGUGGCCAUUAUUGAUUUGGAACGUUCUCCAUUCCAAGUCCAUCAGGAGCCGGCUGAUGUUAUUGUGCUAACAGACAGCGAAGACGCCUCGGAUCAGCAUGCUUCCCGCAGGGAACGGGAAAGGGAACGCGACAGGGAUCAUGACAGAGAUAUGAUGAGGGAGAACGGCCAACGGGAGAAAACCCCGCCGACGAACUCCCUGGAGACUAUCAUGGAGACAUCCUACGAAAACAUGACACAACAAACUGGGCCGAAGACGCCGCCAGAGCCUCCAUUGGUCAAGUUCAACCUGCCCGCUAAAAAAAUGCAGAUGCAGCACAAGGCUCGCAACAAUCCGCUCCAUGACGACGCCGAUGAUAUAAACUCGGCAGACGAGAUGGAAGCGGCUUGUUCUUUGCCACCCGAGGAGGCGUCCACCCACGAAGGUGGCCAGAAAAUAGGACCCAACACGCCUCCAGAGUCGGGACCGUGUUCGCCGGACGCGUACGAUCCCUUCGAGCCGACAAAGUCACCAUCGCUAUCGCCCCGAUCGCCGACGCCGACUCAAAGUCAGAUACUCGAUUCAGUGGAUGCUGGGUCCGGUGCUGUCGGAUCCGGCCCGGGAGACAAUAACGAGGCUGAAAAUCAAAAGCAAAGCGACAACAAUGCCAGCACCAGCACCCAGACUCAGACGAGUGCCGUCAAUCCAGUGGACUUUUUAAUGUCCCUAAUGAGCAAACCCAACCAGAGCUUGGGUGGCCAGCAGGAGAGCGAAGUGAGCUCCGCCCAGUAUAUAAGCAGCAGCUCGGUUAACCUAACUGUGGGUUCCACCUCUGGAGGAGGCGCAGGCGGAUCUGGUGCAGGCGAUAACCAUGACAAGGCAUCAGAAGGCAACUCAGUCACCGUGAUCUCGAAUGUUCUGCUCACCAGCAGCAGUGUGGUGUCCAGCUCGCAGCACAUACCCUCUAUAUCUAGCCCUACGCCGAUGCCAAAGAAACUCACCCCCCUUUCGAAAGCGGGCGGAAGCGUGGCCAGCAGCAGCAGUGGCGUUGGCAACAUGCCCACCACGAGCGGAGGCGGUGUGGGUGGCGGUUUGCGCAAUGGUAGUGGUAGUGGCAAUGCCGGCGGUUCUAGUAAUGCCCUGGACGACUCCUUCAACAUGGAAAUCGAGAGCCCGUAUUCGCCCGGUUCAGCGGACUACGAGGAUCUGUUCGAGCCUCCGGCACAACCGGAGGGCAGUCGGCGAGCCAAGGGCAGUGGUAAGACGGAAAUGUUCGACAAUCUCUUUGGCAGCAGCUCCCCGGUGGGCAAUAUCCGUAUGUCGCGCUACAACACAGCACCAGCCAAGAAGCAUCGUAACCGAGAUCGUAAAUCAAAAUCGAAAGGUGCCAAAGUGCCUGAUGCCUAUGAAGAUGUUCCCAACUCGGCAGUGGAUCUUCAAAAUAAGGAUAGAUUUUUGCGCAAGUUGAAUCGGCAGGAACGCGUAGUCGAGGAAGUAAAGUUGGUCUUGAAGCCGCACUUUAACAAAAAGGUGAUUACAAAGGACGACUACAAGGACAUUAUGCGAAGAGCUGUGCCAAAGAUCUGCCACAGUCGGUCUGGUGAAAUUAAUCCGCAUAAGAUUAAAAAUCUUAUUGAUGCCUAUGUGAGGAAGUUCCGCGCGAAGCACAAGAAACUCAGUCUGCUUAACACGGGACAAGUUAGCAGUGCAGUCAAGUGUGCCGCUUAUCUGAAGAAGCUAUAAGCCAGCAAGCGUGCGCCUCGGUGUUUGGAGCGGUCGGUUAAGCGGUCGCAUGCAUUCCUACACUACUUUACCAUCAAAUUAAAUCAAUAAUAGUCACCGGACACCACGCAAAAACAAACAAAUGAAAAACUCAAAACGUCAUUAACUAUUGGAAUUUAGUUGUUAAGUCAAUUUUAGGUCACUUUACAAAUGAUUUUAGAGCGUAAGCGGCGACACACACAGGAGUGAAUAUAUUUAAAUGUUAAGCAAAAGGAAAUUUGCCACCCGAUUUUCGUUUACCCAAAGCACUACAAAAACAUUUAAUUUAUAUCGAGACUAGUUCAUUAGAUUGUUUGCUCGUAUGACAACUGUAACGAUUAUAUAUAUAUACUGUUUUGCAUCAACCUUUAACAAUUGUAAGUAGCUGAGCGAUGGCAAAACAUCUCUAUUAUUUACCUCUGAUAAUUUAAAUAUUUAAUUAAAACUCAUCAUCCGAAGAGCUAAUUGAUAAUCGAACACCAUUGACCUGCAACGUAGACGGCAUCGUAUAACCCUGAAUAUGUCGCUAAUUAGCAGUUGAGUAUUUAACUCGAAGCACGGGGAUUGUUAUUAAAGAAAAAAAACAAUUGUAAUUAUGUAUUCAUACUAAUAGCUGAACCAGCCCGCCCGGUCAGCUAUGAACCUUAUUUAUGAAGCACUUGAUUUCGCAUGGUCUGUCAGUCAUCAUUUUUUUAAUAACGAGUAAGAUUGGAACACACAAUUGAUAAUAGUACCAAUAGCAUAUAAUAAUAUACGCAUUGUGCUGAAUCGUUUUGUAAAUAUUCAUAUAAAUAAAAAUAAACUCGAUCAUUAACUAAA